AUGGCGGCCAAAUCCUUGAUCCAAAACCCAAAUUUGAAACAUGUUUCAUUUCUGAUUGACAAAAACAACACACUCUCUCUUCCACAUGUUGCUUCUCUCCCCACUUCCAACAUUAACACCUCCAAAAGACUCGUAAUUUCUUCUUCUUCAUCUGUACUAGCACCACAGAUUCUAACUUCUCCGGUUGCUUCUCCUCCUAUCUCUCGUGCUCCUGCACCGUGCUGCGGUGCAGAAGCGACCAUACCGUUAUCUCGAGUUUGGAGAGAGAUACAAGGAUGUAACAACUGGAAAGAUCUCAUAGAACCUUUAAACUCGCUUCUCCAACAAGAGAUCACUCGAUACGGCAACUUAGUAUCAACUUGUUACAAAGCCUUUGAUCUAAACCCUAAUUCCAAACGUUACUUGAGUUGCAAGUAUGGCAAGAAAACCCUACUUAAAGAAACCGGUAUCGACCAACACGAAGACUACCAAGUCACCAAAAACAUCUACGCCACGCCAGACAUCAGCGUCAACAUCAAUCCGAUGCAGAGAGAGGCGAACAGGAGCGCGCGUUGGGUAGGUUACGUUGCAGUUUCAUCAGAUGACUCGGUGAAACGUUUAGGGAGGAGAGACAUCGUAGUGACGUUUCGUGGAACGGUAACUAACCCGGAAUGGUUGGCAAAUUUGAUGAGCUCUUUAACUCCGGCUAGGUUGGAUCCUCAUAACCCGCGUCUCGAUGUGAAGGUCGAAUCCGGUUUCUUGAGUUUAUACACAUCCGAUGAGAGUGAGAGCAAAUUCGGACUAGAGAGCUGCAGACAACAGCUUCUUUCCGAGAUCUCAAGAUUGAUUAAUAAGCACAAAGGAGAAGAGAUGAGUAUAACACUCACUGGACACAGCAUGGGAAGCUCACUAGCUCAUCUUCUUGCAUACGACAUCGCAGAACUCGGUUUAAACCGGAGGAAAGGCGAGGGAGAUAUUCCCGUGACCGUAUUCUCUUUCGCAGGUCCUAGGGUUGGUAACUUAGAGUUCAAGAAACGUUGCGAGGAGCUAGGAGUUAAGGUUUUGAGGAUCACUAACGUCAAUGAUCCCAUCACUAAACUUCCCGGUGUUUUAUUCAACGAGAAUUUUAGGGUUUUAGGUGGUGUUUGUGAGCUUCCAUGGAGUUGUUCAUGUUAUGUUCAUGUUGGGGUCGAACUCAAGCUAGAUUUUUUCGAUGUCCAAAACAUUUUAUGCGUUCACGAUCUCGGGACUUAUAUUGAUCUUCUUAACCAUCGGAGGAUAAGCUCGAGAUCAGUCGAUUCCGAUGAAGAUAAGGACAGUGACAACUUUGCCUUAGAGUUUUUAAAGGGAUCACAACGAGUUAUACAUUGGACCAACGUCGUGGAUCUACUUUGCUCUGUCUCUAGUCACAUGGUGUAUUGUAAUAUUUUUUAG